AUGCCUGCAUACCACUCUGCCUUCAAUGAGUUAACAGACUUGCGCUCUGUCGGAAGCAUGGCCCUCUUGCCCAUCAAGACCCGUGUCCGUGGACCUGCGCCUAUCGCUGACCCUAAUGCUGAGGAUAUCAUUGACGAGGCACUCAACUUGUUCCGUGCCAACGUCCUCUUCAGGAACUUUGAGAUCAAGGGCGACGCCGACAGAGUCUUGAUCUACCUCAUCCUCUUCAUCACAGAGUGUCUCGGAAAGCUCGCAAGGAACCCCAGUCUCAGAGAGGCAGAAAAGAUCUUAGGCACCUUGGCCCUUGGAAACUUUGCCAUCCCUGGCGACGCCACCUUCCCCCUCAACGCUCUCUACACCGCCCCCGCCAACAAGAUGGAUGCUGAUUUGUUGCGCCAGUACGUGUCGCAGCUGCGUCAGGAGAUGGCUGUCAGACUCCCCAACCGCAUCUAUGAGAACGACAAGCCUGGAAAGUGGUGGAUGUGCUUCCAAAAGAGAAAGUUCAUGAACAAGUCUCUGUAA